AUGAGCCACUUCAUCAAGCUUACGAUGUCAGACAUGGCUAAGGACAGAACAGCUACUUUGUUGAAGAAAAGAGAGAGUCACCAUUUGGGAUUGAAGGAACCCCAAGGACGCACCAAAAACUCUGUGAGUGUGGUGUCUCAUUCGGAUGAACCUCACCAGCGCCGUGAUGUCUCUCAUCUUACAGUCCAGAUGGAAAACACCUACCAGUUGGGUCCUGCCAGACUUUUUCCGGCUGCAGUUGUUAACGAUCUUUUGAAAGACGUGUUAACCAGCUACCUAACAGAGAAGCACUAUGAACCAGAAUUCUGUAGACAGAUGACUAAAAUGAUUUCUGAGGUUAUUAAAGCCCGAGUCAAGGACUUGACCAUCCCACGGUAUAAGCUAAUUGUGAUUGUUCACGUUGGACAGCUGGAUAAUCAGAGCAUACUGAUUGGAAGCAGAUGCCUCUGGGAUUCUAAAAAUGAUACAUUUUCAUCUUAUGUUUUCAGAAAUUCUUCUCUCUUUGCUCUUGCAAGUGUCUAUGCCGUUUACUUUGAGUGAUUGAAAAUAAGAGCUCUCGUUCUUUUUUAAAGCAAGAAGUACAUUUUAUUUCUAGACACAGAAAUUUCACUGCCUAAAUGUCUGAGAAAGAAACAACACCAAUAUUUCAAGUAACUGGAAGUUUGGGAACUUUUUAUACUUUUAAGGACUGAAGAAGUGGAGAGUGUCCCAAGAAAGAAUAUAGUUUAUCAAAAAAAAAAAGGACAAAGUCUUGGUUCUGCUGUAUUAUUUUUCAUAGAUAUGGAUUCGUAUUAAAUAUGAUUUUGGUACUAAUCUUUUGAAUUACUCUUUAAUUAGAGUUAUAAAUUCCUAUAUUGGUUUUGAAUCAUGAGGCUCUCUUUUCAAAUCUAACUAUAUACUCUGACCAAUAAUGACAGUAGAAUAUUCAACACAGCCCACACAAUGAUAAAUGUUAAUAUGUCUCAGAGCUGCAUAUAGAAGAAUACUGGUUUUCAUUUUGCACUUAAUAAAUUGAGCUGCAUUCAUUAACUGCAAUUAUUGUUACGUCUACCUGACAGUUGAAACUG